AUGUCUGAUGCUUACUCAGAAUAUAUAGAAGAAUUUAGUAUAGAAAUAGCUGAUUUCAAUCUGAUUGGUCCUAUUGCCUAUAUACCUUUGCCUGAAACUUUGCCAAAACGUAAUAAUAGAAUUAUAAAUAUUCAAAAUGAUGAUGACUGGUGUUUUAGAUGGAGUGUUCUAGAAGCUUUACAUCCAGUUAAAAUUCAUCCAGAAAGAAAUCUACAUCAGCUAUAUGGAGGUUUCAUAGAGGAACUUAAUAUGGAAGAUAUUCCAAUUCCAGUGCCGGUUUCUACACCAGUUUAUAAAAAGUUCGAAGAAAAUAACCCUGAAAUCAGCCCAGAUGCGCUUGAAAAAUUCGUUACAAAAAUUGAGGAGGAGUUGGCAAACAUACAGGAGGACUUAUCAGCACCUGCAGAAAUGAUAAUGGCGCUAGGAGAUCUUGUGACAUACAAUAAAGCAACCGAUUGCUGGAUAUGUAAGGGGCCUUUUAUUAAGCCAUCUCCAGAAGUAUUGCAACAAUUUGAGGAGGCAAAGCAUAGAUUGCUAGAACUUAAAGAAUGGGAAGCAUGUAUGGAAAAAGAUCAUCCAGAAAAGAAAAAAAUACAGAAAGGAUACCAAGAAGCUUUAAAGAAUACCUAUAGGGGAAACGGUAUGCUUAAAGCCAAAGAUGUACUCAGUCCUUCCAGCGAGCAUGAUCCUAAAACUCCUGAUCACCUAGAUUCUGAAGACCCUAAAAAGAAGCACG